AUGUGCCCAGAUGACGGCAAUUCCCAAAAACAGCUUGGAAUCAUCUGGAGCACCGCUGGGCAGCGAGGAAGCGGAAGAGAGCGUUUUGGAUGGUCUACUGAGGUUAAUUCCUCGAGAGCAUUCUCCAAUCUGAAAUCUGCUUUCCCCCACUUGGGAAGGUGCUUGCUGCUGAACCAAAAAUCCGUGGAGGAUUCCAUAAGGUGUGGAGGUCUAGCUCUGAGGAAGACUUCCUGCAUCAGAAACUUGUUGAGCGGUUUGCAGGAGAGAAAAGGCAAAUUGUGUUUGGAAUAUUUGCGAAAUCUAUCAGUUGACGAAAUCAAAGCUGAGCGCUCUCUUUUCAAAGGAAUUGGCCCCAAAACUGUAACUUGUGUUCUAAUGUCCAAUCUUCAGCAUGAUGACUUCCCAGUGGACACACAUGUGAGCUCCAGUCCCGGAAACUUAAAAACGGUACCAGGCGAGGCAGACCGGAAUAAGACGUACAUUCAUCCUAAUCAAUGGAUCCCUGAUGAACUGAAGUUUGAUCUAAAUUGCCUUCUAUACGCACACGGUAAGCUUUGUCAAAGAUGCACCAACAAAGUGAGCAACGUCAAAAAGAAGGAUUCCCAUGAGGGAUCAUGUCCUCUUUUAGCUUAUUGCUGCAACUUUCCUGUAGCUACAACAGACAAGUGA